UCCAAGGUGCAGCUGGGCACCCAGGGCAGGAGGGACCCAGGCCAGAGCCGUGUCUGCACCCACCGGCCCGGGAGGGAAGUUCGCAGGGCCCGGUGAGGCACCGGCGGGACGGCGGCGUGCCCGGGGCAGGCAGCGCCAGCUCCCACGCUCCCGCUGCUCCAGCGGUUGAAGUGCCUGGGGAUGGGGUCCCCGCACUGGAAACGGAUCUGCCUUUUGCUCCUGGCAGGUUUAACAUCCUCCCUGCUCCUCUACGGGCACUACUACGCUACGGUGGAGUCGACCACCAGCCAGCGGAUCGUAGCCAGCCUGCUGCAGCCGGAGCCGCUGGACCUGGCUCCGCCGGGGACAUCGCGCCGAGCCACCAGCCACAGAUGGGCCCUUGAAGGCGGCUUAGAGAGCGGGAAGUCCUUCAAGCCUUCUGCCAAGCUGGAGAAGCCCAAGCCCAGCCCAAAGCAGCCAAGCACGUGCUUCCACUCGGUGAUGGCCAGAGCAAAGGCAGACCCCAAGUUUGGGGAGAUCUUCCGCUUCGACACCCCUGUGCUGAUGCGGGACCGGCACUUCACCCCGGAGACCUGGGACAGGCUGAAGACACGACACGUCCCCUACGGCUGGCAAGGCUUGUCCCAGGCAGUGGUGGGCAGCACCCUCCGGCUCCUCAACACCUCCGCCAACGGGCACCUCUUCGACAGGGACACCUUCCCCGGGGGCUGCGUCCGCUGCGCCGUGGUGGGCAACGGCGGCAUCCUCAACGGCUCGCGGCAGGGCAAGGCCAUCGACGCGCACGACCUGGUCUUCAGGCUCAAUGGCGCCGUGAUCAAAGGCUUUGAGGAGGACGUCGGGACCAAGAUCUCCUUCUACGGCUUCACGGUGAACACCAUGAAGAACUCCCUCAUCGCCUACGAGGAGUACGGCUUCACCCAGAUACCCCAGGCCAAGGACCUGAGGUACAUCUUCAUCCCCUCGGAUGUCCGUGACUACGUCAUGCUGAAGUCGGCCAUCCAGGGCAGCCCAGUCCCCGAGGGCUCGGACAAGGGGGAUGACCCGAAGAAGUAUUUUGGACCGGAAGCAUCUGCAGAGAAGUUCAAGCUGCUGCACCCAGAUUUCUUGCAGUACCUGACAGCAAGGUUCCUGAGGUCGGAGCUGCUGAACACGCAGUACGGCUCGCUCUACAUGCCCAGCACCGGUGCCCUCAUGCUCCUCACCGCGCUCCACGCCUGCGACCAGGUCAGUGCCUACGGGUUCAUCACCGCCAACUACGAGCAGUUCUCAGACCACUACUACGAGGUGGAGAAGAAACCGCUGGUGUUUUAUGCCAACCACGACAUGAUGCUGGAGGCGGCGCUGUGGAGGAGCCUGCACCGAGCGGGGAUCAUGACCCUCUACCAGCGGUGAGGCCCAGCGGUCGCUCGCGGGGACAAGUCCAAGGACUCCUGUGGCUUUUCUCCUCUUUCCUGAAGGCCACCUUCUCCUUCCUGAGGGCUCUCCCCAGCCGGCCGGCCAGCCCAAGGAGCAGACCCACGGCACCGCAGCCGGCAGCGGUGUGAUGGUAAGGGGCAAGCCAAAGCUGGUAGAGAAAUGUUGCAUUUCCUUGGGGAUCUCCAGCGAUGUUUCGUGGCUCAACGUGAUUGAACGUGGGCCUUUGGGGCAUGAAGAAGCACCAUGGCAUGUGGCUGUGACCCUCCAGCCCCACGAACACAGCCGGGGGGCAGCAGUGGUCCCUGUGAAGCACAGGAGGGGCAGCGUGGUGCUGGAAGAGGAUGCUGGAGAUGUAUGUGACAGCCUCUGGCUGGAAAACACUCUCCACCUUGCCAUCACACACCAGCUCAAAUGCUUGUCACCGCGGUGAGACAACAGGCACGAUGAACCCUUGGACUGGAGACAGCUCACCCGGCCAAGAGGAGGGUGGUGUGUUUGCAGAACACUUCCCUUCCAGGCUGCGGAAAGUCCAAACCUCCGCCAGCUCUGGGUUGACAUGUGCUGUUUUUUAGGAUGUUUGCCUCUGUGGUCAGUGGGGAAGUCAGCAGCUUGUCUGUCCUCUCCUGCAACAGACGCACAGCCACACCCUGUCAUCUUCCCCUUCUCUAUGUCACGGUGUUUUCAAACCAGGAAGGGUCUUAAAAGCCAUCAGCUAAGAGUAGGGUUACUGCAGCUCAGCGGGGACCUCAGAAACAUGGGUGGUCUUUGAGCACCCUGGAGAUGAAAGGUGGUGGGUUUGUUGGGUUUUUCUUGCACAGGGACCACGUGGUGCCCUCUAAGUGCUUUGAGAAGGCAGCCCCAUGCCAGGUGGGUUAGGGAACCUGCUAGCUUGUUGGGGGAAAUCUAAGGGAUCAUCACUCUUAAUUUUUUUCCUCCCCCAAAGAAAUGAGGGAGGUGAAGGUCUGGAAUGCUUCAGCCAUCCCCUGUAAGCCAGCACUGCCAAGACCUGCUGGAGAGGCUACUCCAGGUGGUGGUGGCCAGAGGGUUGAUAUGGCACUGUGGUGUAAUCUGAAACACUUUCCCACUUUGAGUAAUUACAUAAAUGUUGAAUGACGGUUUUCUUUUA